AUGAGUUUGCUUUUGGAUGACGACGAUGAAUACAAUCCACCAACGAAGGUUAUGCGCACUGAACCUGUUAUGGCAGAUUCGAUGUUGCAUAAUGGGGUGCCAGUCGAAAGAACAAAUGUCAUCGCAGAGGGUAAUAGUUCAGCGGCGGAGUUGAAUAUUGCACGCCGUGGUGGAGAUGGUGUGGAGAAAAUGGCUGCAUUUGCAUUUGCCGCUGGGGUCGUGAAGGUGAACCUCGUCGACCGGUUAGACCACCCAUCACCCAGUGGUGCCACCACCACUACCACAACAGCCACCACAUCACAGGAACAAACACCUUCCACAUGUUUCAGGGGAAAUAAUCCACCUACCGUGCCGAAGGUGGUAAAGGGUGAUGUGUCGCCGUCAUCACAGCAUGGCUCGUCUGCACUUCUGAGCCCAUUUUCCGGUUCCCCUGACCAUCCCAGCUCUACAGACAUUAUGGAAAACAACAAUGACUCCACUUCUGCGGUUCCCACAGUUUGCGAACUCUUUCCACAAGGGGAUGCCAUAAAAAGUGGGAUUAGUGGAGUGGGAAAUACAACGCCAACUGGCAAAUCUCCCUUACGUGCUCAAGGGGGCAUUCCAACACCUCCAAAAAGUCAAAUGAAGUUAUCCGAUUUCUUUGCCAAAAUGGCAUGUGUAAGGAAGAUGUAA